AUGGCAGAGCGGAAGAGGACGCCCCUCCAGCCAGGCGUCUAUGUGCCUACCAUGACAUUCUUCGACCCUGCAACAGAAGAACUUGACAUACCCACGAUCCGCGCUCAUGCAAUACGACUUGCAAAGGCCGGGAUCGCCGGCCUGAUCACCAUGGGCUCGAACGGUGAAGCCGUCCAUCUGUCCAGAGUAGAGCGCGCCCUUGUCACACAGCAAACCCGCUCGGCACUGGACGAGGCUGGAUUCAAGCAUAUUCCCGUCAUAUCUGGUGCUACCGAUCAAGGAGUUCGAGGUACCAUCGAGAUAUGCCAAGAGGCAGCAGAUGCAGGCGCAGAAUAUAUACUGUUGAUCUCACCCAGCUACUACCGAGCUGCAAUGGGGGACCAGAACGCUCUGUUCGAAUAUUUCACUAAGGUGGCCGAUGGGUCCCCUCUCCCCAUCAUUCUAUAUAACUUCCCCGGGGUAGUUGCUGGAAUUGAUAUGGACUCUGAUUUUAUCAUUCGACUAUCACAGCAUCCCAAUAUUAUUGGAACCAAAUUUACAUGUGGCAAUACGGGGAAGCUAUGCCGUGUUGCCACUGCCAUGAAUGCUGUCACGCCGGCUUCCUCCUUGAAAAUGUCUUCGGUAGAAAGAUCGCCUGAGCGAGCAGUCCCACCUCCAUACUUUGCCUUUGGUGGUUAUGCGGACUUUGCUCUUCAAACGCUUGUUUCGGGAGGGUCCGGCAUUAUAGCCGGCGGUGCGAAUGUGUUACCUCAUCUUUGUGUAGAAGUAUUCAAUCUAUGGAAGCAGGGAAAGCUGGUAGAGGCGAUGGAGGUGCAGAAGAUUCUUAGUGACGGAGACUGGAUCAUGUCCAAGUAUACCAUCCCAGGGACCAAGUUUGCGAUCCAGGUCUGUUAUGGCUAUGGCGGGUAUCCUCGAGCACCGAUGCCUCGUUUGACGGAGGCACAGGAGAAAGAGAUAACAGAUAAGAUCAAGCCGGCCAUGGCCAUCGAAAUGAGGCUCAGUGAUGUUGCGUAG